AUGUGGCAACACGGGUAUGGGCAAGCUUGGACCAAAGUCCGGAAGGUCUAUUUUUCAUAUAAUCUUCAAGGGUCCCAUUGGGUUGCAAUUGAAAUUGACUUCGUGAGUACAACUGUGUAUGACUCCUACCUUGCUUUUACCUCAACUUCGAAGCUGGUCAAAUAUCUACACCCUAUUAGUGAUACUCUGACACGGGUGCUAUACGAUAUGCACUUUUAUAACGCUUCUGAGGUUGAAGAGGUUAAGCAAGAGGGGAUGAAAAAGUCCACGUUUACGCCAUUCAUAGUUUGUAGCAUUAGAGAUGUGCCACAACAACGUGAUGGUACCUCUUGCGGAAUCAUGACAGUCAAAUUCAUCGAGCAUCUCAGUGCCGACAUUUCGGUGGAUAAAGUUGACCAUUCGAAGAUCACAUAUUACCAACUCAAGCUUGCAAUAGAGGCUUUAAGGAGGGAGGCAUAUAUAUGA